AUGGAGAGCUCGCUCCUAGACGAACGUCUAGCGUUUUACCCCGAAGCCCUCGUCUUCCUCUUUGCACAGAUGAAAAGUCAGAGGUCAUCCUUCCAGCCUGUUGAUAGGCGUCUUACCAGACAAGAAUCACAUUCCUGGCUGGCAGACGGCUGUAAGAGGAUUCCUGCACUGGUCCGUGCUUGCUCGCUGCAAUCAGACCGGAUUCCUGAGCUGCUGCCGGUUGUGGAUAAGGAGGCCAGAUCCACUGGAGCUGCCGCUGGAGUAGAACGGUUGGCCGGGACAUGCCUCCAGGCACUGCAAGUCAAACAGAUGUUGGACAGCUGUGAUCUGCAGCAGAUAGAGGACUUGUCGUCUCACUUCUGGGCUGAGAUCAGCAGCGACUCACAGGCACGAGAAAUCGGACAGAGGAGGCAGCGAGAAAAGAAAAAGGAGGAAGCGGUGGUUCCCUGCACAAAUGACAGACCAGCAGGAAGCCUGAGGCAGGAGGAGCCGGGAGCAGCACAGCCUUCAUCACCUGACCGUGAUGACAUACAGGAAAUGACAUCAGAAGAGUCAGGUCUGCGCAUCCUCAAGUGUCGCCUCCACAAAUCCAAACCAAGGGCGUCACUGGCGUUCGCUCACCUGGACAGAGAUGGAGGCCGGCAGCUGAAGGAGCCUCCUGUCUUCUUUUUUGGAGGAGCCAACGGCGUUGAGAUAGUGAGCAGCUACUGUGAGAGCAGAGGAUGGAAAAGAAUUCACGACAAACACAGGGAGGACUUCAGACUCAAGUGGUGCGAGAUCAAAUCACCAGCCAUCUAUAGACACUUCAGAGAAGGCCAGCAGUUAUUGUACCAGAUUCCCAACAACGACGUGCUCACCACGAAGAUCGGCCUCCUCUGCAGCCUGCGGGCGUACGAGCGCAUGAGCGGCACGGUCCGACACAGUCAAAGAUUCAGGAGGCUGAAAAUUAAGGACUUUAUUCCGACGACCUUCCGAAUGGACACGAGGCAAGAGAGGAAUACCUUCUUUGCCCUUUUCACGCAGCAGGAGGGUGAGAGCGAGAGUCGCAUGUGGAUCUGUAAGCCCACGGGUCAGAACCAAGGAAAAGGGAUCCUCCUUCUGGAGAGCCCCGAGGACGUGGAGGCCUUCAGGCUGAAGCUGAAGCACAUGGAGGACCACAAGGGCGCAUGUCACCUCCACAACCAGCCGUACAUCGCUCAGCAUUACAUCCAGAAUCCACUGCUCAUUGACAGCAGGAAGUUCGACGUGCGCUCUUACCUGCUCAUCGCCUGCACGGCGCCUUACAUGGUUUUCUUUCGUCACGGAUACGUGCGACUCUCCUGUAAUAUUUAUGAUCCAAAGUCCAAAAACCUCUCCACUCACCUCACCAACCAGUACCUCCAGAAGAAGAACCCUCUCUACAGCCAGCUGAAGGAGGACACAGUGUGGUCCAUGGAGAACUUCAACGCCUACGUCAACGACAGGUUCCAGGUUGCCAGGGGUCUGCCCAGGGACUGGGUGCUUGGAGCCUUCGCGAAGCGCAUGCAGCAGAUCAUGACCCAGUGCUUCUUCUCAGUCAAGUCCAAGUUGAACUGCCGUCUGGGACUCUUUGACCUGAUUGGCUGUGACUUCUUGGUGGACGAGGAUUUCAAGGUGUGGCUGCUGGAGAUGAACUGUAAUCCGGCUCUGCACACAAACUGUGAGGUGCUGAAGGACGUCAUACCCAGCACGGUCGUAGAGACUCUGGAUUUAACUCUAGAGAUCUUCAACAAGCGUCGUCUCAAGCAGAAAAUCUUUCCUCUGGUUAGUCAGAGGGACUUUGUGCUGCUGUACAACGGAGUUUUAGCUGCUGGUUCUGCUUCGGCUGCUGACAGGUGUCGCUUAACUAAUAAGCGGCGUCCGAGCAUUACCAGGAGGAGUUACAACACGAGGAACAAGUCUGACUCAAAGGGCAGGAGCGCUGCUGUGGCGAGGCCUGCAACGUCACAAACAACUUGUGUUCGUCGGUGCGACGUGUCGUCAGGCUCCCAGCAGGCGAACGCAGAGGACAAUGAGCAAAGUGAGGAAGCGGCUCAGUCCUCCGCAGACUGA